GCGCAGGGUCAGGAGAGGCAGAGGCCUCAGAGAUACGCCGGGACGCAACACGUCGUGCCGCGCGGAGGGUUUUGCCGAGAUUUUCCCUCAAAAGGGUAUUGCCACCCGCACCGAGAAAAGAAAACGAUACACACCGCGAUAAAAACAUACCCUCUCCAUCCUCUCCUCUUCUUCCUCCUCCCGUAGCGGCUUCCCCCGAUUUGCACCCGGGCGCGGCCCCAUCCCCACCUGGCCGCCGCGCGCCGCCAUGGACGGCCUGCACGGUACGGACGCAUGCUUCUCCCCCGCGAGGGCUAUCUCGCCGCAGGUGAGGCCCCCCGGGCCGCCGGACGUAGGCAGUCAGUACCUGGCGGAGCUGCUGCAGGAGCACCAGAAGCUGGGGCCCUUCAUGCAGGUGCUCCCAAUCUGCAGCAGGCUGCUGAAUCAAGAAAUAGUGCGGGUGUCGAAUAUACGGCGCCAACAUGGUGUUGCUGGCGACUUUGAGAGGUUUCCAGCCGCAAGCCCCAACCAGAUGCAUCCGGCACCCCCCAUGACAAACUUUUGUGGAAACGGUUUUAGUCCAUGGAAUGGGAUGCAUUCAGAGGGUAGGUACAGCAGUAUGACACCAGUACUUGAACAUCUUGCCGUUUUUGUACAGUUCAAUUUUAUCGGCCGUCUUCUUGGACCAAGGGGAAACUCUUUAAAGAGGAUUGAAGCCUCCACAGGCUGUCGUGUUUUCAUCAGAGGGAAAGGCUCAAUUAAAGAUUCUGGCAAGGAGGAACAACUCAAGGGAAGACCUGGCUAUGAACACUUGAGUGAACCCCUCCAUAUCUUGAUUGAAGCUGAGUUACCUGCUAAUGUGAUUGAUGCAAGACUUGCAAAGGCACAAGAGAUCCUUGAAGAGCUGUUGAAACCAGUGGACGAAUCACAAGACUACUACAAGAGACAGCAACUGCGAGAACUUGCAAUGCUAAAUUCGCCACUCCGAGAGGAGAGUCCACAUCCAGGUGGUGCUCCUCCUAGUCCCUUCAGUAACGGCGGCAUGAAAAGAGUGAAACAAUGACACCGCCGAGGCUCGUUCCUCCAUCUUGACUCCCCAGCAACCCCAAUGCAGUCCAUACCUUCACACCCUAUUUUUCAAUGAGCAAGCUUUCAUGACGGUGUUGGUAGUGUGUGACAUUCUUCACUGUACUAGCAGGUGAAUUUUGAUCUCCCAUCCCAUGUUACAUUAACCUUGAGUGACAGAUGACUAUGCGUAGUGUAUCCUCUAUGGCAGUAUAACUAGAACAUUUGAUUUAUUUGUUACUGGUAAUGCUGAGAUAUAGUACUGUGCAGAUUCUGAGUUACGGUGAACUAGUGUGCCGGUAUUUAUCUCAAUUUUGUUUGCUUUUCAA